AUGUCUAACCUCAAAAUGCAAUCAGGCCUUCAUUCAGGCCUAGACAUCAACCUCGGCCCAUCUUCCUUCACUCCAUUCCCCGCCGAUCUGAUAGGCCUUCCAAUCCCAGACGACGAGCAGCUCUGGGGUUUAAACCCCAUCUCUCCAAUGGCCGAUUUUUUUGCCCACUCCGCGUUGGAGCGCGAUCUCAAAAAUGCCCAGGUCCGCAAUGGCCAGCCAACGCCCCCACCCUACGAUGAUGGCCGUCUAGACCUGGAUUCCGCAAGCAAGCGACGCCGUGCUCGAGAGUACAAGAUUGCUGCUGCAUCUCUAAGUCCCGAUUUCGACGACGGUCCUCCUGAUCGCGCCAAGCGUGCCAAGUUCCUCGAGCGCAAUCGUCUCGCCGCUUCCAAGUGUCGCCAGAAAAAGAAAGAGCACACCCAGCAGCUGGAAUUCAGUUUCAAAGAGCAGUCUGAGAAAAAGGAAAACCUGAUGGCGGAGAUUGCGACGCUGCGCUCUGAGAUCCUGGGGCUGAAGAACGAAGUUCUGAAGCAUGCUCAGUGUGGCGAUGAACCGAUUAAGCAUCAUCUUGCUCAGAUGGUCAAGAAGAUCACUGAUAUGGAUGCGCCCGUGGAUCCAUCUCAGGCCGAGAACCCUGUCACUUCGCUCGAACCUACAUCCGCUCACUCAGUAGCUAUUCCAGUGUCGGCUCCGGCACAAGCGCUCUCCUUCGGCUUUGAUGACGCGAUGCAACUUGAACCCGCAACUGCAGCUGCAGCUGAAGCCUUUGAGCAGCAGAUGCGGAAGGAUUCCGAGGCUUCGUUGAUGUCCGAUGGCUCUUACUCUUUUUCUGCCGAGGAACCUACCUUUGAUGACUUGAUCAAUGUUUGA